UCACUGUCGGUGCUCCAUUCACUUCAAAGGGGAUGCCUUGUCUCGUGACGUCGCCGCGCGCUCCUCUGAACGCGGCGCUGCUCUGCGAACAGUAGAGAGUCAGCAGAGGAUGAGGAGGAGAUGAACUGAAGACACGCCGGGCGGACAAGUGCUUAUCUAGGACAGCGUCAUGCUCAGUCUACUGCGCCCCCUACUGGCCGUCUGCUUGUACCUGCUGCUGCCUGGCGCACAGGGCAGGUUCCCCGGGUACAGCAACGGCUUUCACUACCAGGAUAUCAGCAAUGGCAAUGGCAACGGCAACGGCAACGGAGAGAUCUAUUUCAAUGGAAUUCGGCUCCAUGUGGAAUCUCCGCAGUCCUCAGUGUCGGCCACCAGGGGGAGCAGCGUCACCCUCCCCUGUCACUACCACUAUGAGCCUGAGCUCACCACCCCGCGCAGGACCCGGGUCAAAUGGUCCUGGUUGCCUGCCAACACUGUCACUGCACCUGCUUCCCCCGAAGCCCUUGCCAGGGAGACUGAGGUUAUGGUCGCCAUGGGCAACCGUCACCGCAGCUACGGCAGCUUCCAGGGCCGCGUGCGCCUGAGACGCUCAGCGCCAGGGGACAUGUCUCUGGUGAUCAAUGAGCUGCAACUCAACGACACAGGAAGAUAUCGCUGUGAGGUGAUUGACGGCCUGGAGGACGAGAGUGUGACGGUGGAGCUGGAGCUGCGAGGCGUGGUGUUCCCCUACUACUCACAGAAAGGACGCUACCAUUUUAACUUCUUUGGGGCCCAACAAGCGUGCCAAGAUCAGGACGCCACUCUAGCUACAUUCGAGCAGCUCUUCGCAGCGUGGGAGGAAGGGUUGGACUGGUGUAAUGCCGGCUGGUUGGCUGAUGGCACGGUGCAGUAUCCAAUCACAGUCCCACGCGAUGGCUGUGGGGGCGUGGACUUAGCUCCCGGUUUGCGUAGCUACGGGCAACGCCAUCGCCUUCUCCACAACUAUGAUGCUUUCUGCUUCUCCGCCUCUGUCAAAGGGACCGUGUACUUCUUAAUGCACCCGACCAGGCUCAACUUCACUGAAGCGGUCCAGGCUUGUGCCAGUGAUGGAAGCCAAAUUGCUAAAGUGGGCCAGCUGUACGCCGCCUGGAGGCUGAUGGGGUUGGACCGCUGUGACGCCGGCUGGUUGGCUGAUGAGAGUGUGCGUUAUCCUAUCACAAAAGCCCGGGCUAACUGCGGCCCACCUGAACCAGGGGUGCGUAGCUUUGGGUUCCCCCCUCUGUACCUAAAGUUUGGUGUCUACUGUUAUCGGUUGUUGUUCUGACUCAACACGAGACAAAAACAAACCAUCCUAACAGCACACUGGUCCAGACCUCUGCUCGGGAGGUUAGCAUUAGCUGUAGCCUGGAUGCAAAUUAGCAGUUAGCCAGUUUGUUCAUUUCUGAGCUAUUUUAAAGUGAGACCAUUUGGGUUAAUCACUCUCCACCUCUGUAAGACUACAACUCACGUCUCAGUAUUGAACUUUACUACUAGUCAACAACUGUUUUUGCACUUGUACUACAUGUCCACACUAUAUGGCCAGAAAUAUGUGGACAUGACAUCCAUGUGUAAUUGCUGAACAUCUCAUUCCAAAACCAGAGGGCAUUAAUAUGCUGCUAUAACAGCCUUUACUCUCUGGGGAAGGCUUUCUACAAGAUUUGGGAUCCUGGCUGCAGGAAGUCAGCUGCUAAGGUUGGGUGAUUAGCCUGGCUCACAGUUGAUAUUCCAGUUCGUCCCAAAGGUGUUGGCUUUAUGCAGGUCAGGCAGUUCUUCAACAAGAAGCUCAUUUUGUACAAGGGAGUAUUAUCAUGUAGAAACAGGAAAGAAUCUUACUCAUAUAAGACAAAAAGUAUCUAUAACUAUAAGGACAGGAAUGUCCACAUACUAUUGGCCAUAUAGUGUGUAACGUCCCAACCACAACAGCAGCCUAGAGAAACAUCUUCCCAUGGUUUGUUCUUGCCCUCAGUUAUUUUGGCUGCAAUUCCCCCCUCACAGAUCAGAUCAAGCUAAUUUCGCUGUAAAUGUUUUGCAGCUGUUUUGAAAUUUGGGUCAACAGCUUUGACUUUGAUCCACCACCAGCACUGAUUUUAAUUCACAGACGAUUCAUUUCACGCUCAGGGAAGGCAUUUGGACUCAGAAAAACAACCUCUUCACAUUCAAAGUAAUUCAGAGUGCUCUCCAACCACACCUCAGUCCUUCACCUGCCUGGUAUUUAUUCAGCAAAAACAUUUACAUCCAGAGCUUUACAGUCAAACAGUAACAAAUGUUUUAACAUUCGCUGUUGGGAGCUUCAUACUACAACCACAGACUUUUGGGUUAAGUGCCUUGCUAAAGGGCACCUUGAUUUUUGAGGGAGUGGAGAGUGUUUCUCAUUAUUUUCAGUGUCAGAUCUUUCUCAUCGGUCCAUGAUUGCACACUCUUUCACUGUAGUUUACUUCCACCACAGACUCUCUCUGUCUUUCUAACACUGUGAAAUAUACUGUAGAGUCUUUGUUCGUCUCCUGAAAUGUUUGUGUAUCUCACUCAUAAAGUAUAAUGCAUCUCUUACUCAUUUUUCUGAAGGGUGAUUAAGAGUAGUACUCUGUAUUUUUCUGUAUUGUUGUAAUAUUUAAACUACCUUGUUUACAUCCAUUGUGGAAGAAGAAAUUACACACAUGUACCUUUUUUGUUUUUCUUUAUAUAUGUCAAUGCAUUUGUACUAUUUUCUACAAAUCAAUAAAAACACUACUGUA